GCCGUAUCUCAGCGCCGCUCCGUUCCGCGCCGGCGGCGGACCCGGGGAGUGCGGCCCGGCUCGGCCCGGCCCGGUCCGAGCGGCGGCACCGUGAACCGCAGCGACAGCGGCAGGUGGGAGCGGGGACGGGCGGUGCGGGGCGCGCUGUGCACAGUGCGCGCAGUGAGCGGUGUGCACGGGGUGGUGCGUGGCGCUCAGUGCGGGGUGCGCAGUGUGUGGCACUCGGUGCAGGGAGCUCGGUGCAGGAUGCACGGUGUUCUCACGGCCAUCUGCAUCUCAGCACGAGGCUUGGCUGGCAGCACCAUGAGCUGCAGGGCGCAGCUUUGCAGCCCUGUCGUCACGGAGGUCCUGUCAGCAUGUAAAUACGGAAGGCGCUCUGCCCGCGGGAGCUCGGCUGUCCUUGUUUGUCACCGCCGUGUUGUCACUUCCCCACCAAGCUCUCUCCUUCCUGCACGGCUGCAGUGGUUCCAAUUGCCCCGACGUCCUGAGCGCUCCCACCGCGCUGCGCUGCAAUGGGUCCUUGGUGGCCGUUAGCAAUUAUUUUUAGGGUGGACAUUUGAAUACAUUAACACGAGUGAGACAGAUGGAGAGAGGAGGGCAGAGCGGACAGCGCUCAUCUUUUUUAAUGGGCCUGACUUGGGGCUGGACAAACGCCAAGGUGCUGUUUGUUGUUCCGUGUGACGUCUGGGCUAAACAAAUGGAUCAGCGGUUGACUUCUUGGCUUGCACACAGUGUGUGGACGUGUGUUUGGAACCGUUGGAGCCUUUUGGGAUGACAAGGCAGUUGGUUGGGGAGUUAGCCUUGGGGCUGUGUGCUGCAGGGAGAGUGCUGGCGGCUGUGCCAUCUUGAGGUGGGACCGGCCCUGGCAUGGGCUGAUAAUGGGGGAGGGCUGUGUGCUGCGGGGCUGGCACUGGGCGGGCCCUGCUGGCUGCUCCCCACUUGAAGGCGCUUGGCUAAACGAGCUCCUUGAUGAAAAGAGCGGAGAGGAAAAGGAGCUUUUCUGAAGCAGUGCUUUGAUUGUCAGUAAAAUAAAGCGCGCGGACAUCUCGUUCCUUCCACUCACCCGAGCUCUGUAAUCACAAAGAACUCGAAAUCCCGCUGUGACCCUGGGAUGCCCACUGGGUUGAACGCUCUCUGGCUGGAAACUGAAGCGUGGUGACGUGGAGUGCAGUCCUUGCACAGCGGGACAGGAUGCGGGUCACCAUGCGGCGGGUGCUGCUGGCGGUGGGCUCGGUGGUGGCCCUGAUGGUGACGCUGCACCUCGGCCAGCAGGUCCUGGAAUGCCAACACGUGCUGAGCAAGAGAAGACACAGGCUGAUGAGACCUGAGAACGAGGAGCUGGUCAUGGUGGACUCCAACCACGUGGAGUACCGUUAUAGCAAGGAGAUGCCCCUCAUCUUCAUCGGUGGAGUCCCCCGCAGCGGCACCACGCUGAUGAGGGCCAUGCUGGAUGCCCACCCGGAGGUGCGCUGCGGGGAGGAGACCCGCAUCAUCCCCCGCGUGCUGGCCAUGCGGCAGGCCUGGUCCAAGUCAGGGCGAGAGAAGAUGCGCCUGGACGAGGCCGGGGUGACGGACCAGGUGUUGGAUGCUGCCAUGCAGGCCUUCAUCCUGGAGGUGAUCGCCAAGCACGGCGAGCCGGCCAGGUAUCUGUGCAACAAGGACCCGUUCACCUUGAAGUCCUCCGUCUACCUAUCCAGGCUGUUUCCCAACUCCAAGUUCCUCCUGAUGGUUCGAGACGGCCGCGCCUCGGUCCACUCCAUGAUCACACGGAAGGUGACAAUAGCUGGCUUCGACCUCAACAGCUACCGGGACUGCCUGACCAAGUGGAACAAAGCCAUCGAGGUGAUGUACUCCCAGUGCCUGGAGAUCGGGCGCUCUCGCUGCCUGCCUGUCUACUACGAGCAGCUGGUGCUGCACCCCGAGCAGUCCAUGCAUGCCAUCAUGAAGUUCCUGGGUAUCUCCUGGAGUGACACCGUGCUGCACCACGAGGAGCUCAUAGGGAAGCCCGGCGGAGUGUCUCUUUCCAAGAUAGAAAGAUCAACGGACCAGGUUAUCAAGCCGGUGAACAUGGAGGCAUUAUCUAAAUGGAUCGGACACAUUCCAGGGGACGUACUGCAGGACAUGGCCCACAUAGCACCCAUGCUCGCCAGGCUUGGCUACGACCCGUAUGCCAAUCCUCCCAACUACGGCCAUCCAGACCCACUUGUUGUCAACAACACGCACAGGGUUUUAAAGGGGGAUUAUAAAACGCCAGCCAACUUGAAAGGCCAUCUGCAGGUGACUCAAAACACGUCAUCUUCUCACUAAUUAUUGAUUUCCAGGCUGCUGCAAACGGCCCUGGGUGGCCCUGCAAAGAGGAGUUUGCAGUCGCACCGGUGGAGAUCUGUUAUCCAAGCAUAUUGCUUGCUAAUAUUGCCAAAAUGACUGCCAUGCGAGGAAUGUAUUUGCAUUUAUUUGCAAAGGCCAAACGUUGUACACUUGGAUGCCACUCGUCUCCCUUCACUGGAUGCUCCGUGGUGAAAAGAUCUGUGGAAAUGAAGAUCGGCUGAACCUUCAGAGUGCAUUGCAAAGAGAUUUCCUGUUCAGAUCCCGGAGAACAUUUUAAAGCCGUAUUUCAGUGUCUCGUAAUGCUGUUUCUUAACGUGCAGAUCAGAAUAGGUGUCAUAACCGUGUAGAGCGUUUGUUGUACAGGUGACCAUCCGGGACUGUCUCUUCCUCUUCGAUCACUUGUCAUUGACAGAUUCUAUUUAAGAAUUAAUAUAUGAGGUCAUUCGUUUCA